GAGCAGGCGAAGAAGAAACGUCUGUCCGGCCUCGAUGCGCAUAAGGCGAACAUCCUGGCAGCAAAGGCCAUCGCCGAUUCUGUCCGGAGCUCCAUGGGCCCAAGGGGCAUGGACAAGAUGGUCGUCGGUCCAGAUGGGGAUGUCACUGUCACAAACGACGGUGCCACCAUUCUUGAAAAGAUGGACGUGAACCAUCAGAUAGCGAAGCUUCUCGUCGAGCUCUCGGCGUCCCAGGACCACGAGAUUGGCGAUGGCACCACGGGGGUGGUGGUCAUGGCUGGUGCGCUCCUGGAGAAGGUCGCGGCUUUCGCUGAUGGGCCAAAGCCACCCGGCCGCGUGCCGCGGCCAGACACCUGCUUUCUCGGGAAAAGGAAGGUGAAGGUCAAGUUCGACGAGGAGGGAGUGCCCCGGCGGAAGGGCGUGCCAGUCUGCUGCAAUCCGUCCGGAAUUCCUGGACGACGCUGUCUACAGACAUGCAGGACCGAUCCAAGAUUUAUGAAGAGCAAGGAUGAGAGAGAUGCGGAGCAGAUGAUGGCAGCGGCAGAAAAGCAGCGGCGGAGCAAGGAAGGCUCCAGCCGCGGCGGGGCUGGGAACAGGCCCGGCGCGGAAG